CCGGGCCCUGGGAGUUGGGCCCUGCCACGACGCUCCCCAAUGAAGUCCCACCCCCAUGGGGCCUGGUGGCACCUGGAAACAGACCCCGUAGUGGCAGCGUCCAGACUCUGACCACCCAGUAACACCCUGCCCCCCACUGUCUUCGGAAGAAGGGAUUGCGUGUCCUGCUAGCCCGGCCGACCGCCUCGGCCACAUCGACGGGUGCCGCACCGCCGGCGGCGGAAUCAGCAGUAGCAGCGGACCAGAGCCAUGGGCAAGCAGAACAGCAAGCUGAAGCCCGAGGUCCUGGAGGACCUCCGGCAGAACACCGAGUUCUCGGACGCCGAGAUCCAGGAGUGGUACAAGGGCUUCCUCAAGGACUGCCCCAGCGGGCACCUCUCCAUCGAGGAGUUCAAGAAGAUCUACGGCAACUUCUUCCCCUAUGGGGAUGCGUCCAAGUUCGCCGAGCAUGUGUUCCGCACCUUUGACGCCAACGGGGACGGCACCAUCGACUUCCGCGAGUUCCUGUGCGCGCUGAGCGUGACGUCGCGCGGCCGCCUCGAGCAGAAGCUCAAGUGGGCCUUCAGCAUGUACGACUUGGACGGCAACGGCUACAUCUCGCGCCAGGAGAUGCUCGAGAUAGUCACGGCCAUUUACAAGAUGGUGGGGUCUGUGAUGAAGAUGCCGGAAGACGAGUCGACGCCCGAGAAGCGCACCGACAAGAUCUUCCGGCAGAUGGACAAGAACAUGGACGGAAAACUCUCGCUGGAGGAGUUUAUUGAGGGCGCCAAAAGUGAUCCCUCGAUUGUGCGGCUACUCCAGUGCGACCCCCAGUCCUCCCACUGAUUGCCGCCGCCACUGCCUCCUGCCGCCGCCGCCGCCGCCCUCUUGCGCUGCCCUUGCCCACUCACCGGUGCAUCAAGCUGCUGCUGCCUCCUCCUCUCCCGUCAGACCCACCAAUCACGACCGAGCACGAGAGCUCUCUUUUUUUCUCUCUUACUUUCACUGGGGAAGCCCCGCUCCGUGUGCUCCCUCCUCCCAUUCCCUCGCUCUUUCUCAGCUUCCACUGUAACAAUGCUUUUUGCGAGUUUUGACACCACGGGCUGUAGCUGUGUCCUGGAAUGGUGAAUUCUGGUGGUAUGUUGCUUUUGGCAGGUGCCAUUUGAUUGAUCCAGUGAAAGGUGUUUCAUUUAGUUUUGUUCGUUUCAACCAUAACUGCCAGAACGCAUUAUGUACAGUUGGUGACAGCCUCAACUUGGACAAUAUGCCUAUAGCCGGCUAACUUUGGCAAAUAUGGGCUAUAUGGAGCAAAGCUUCAAUGCUUUGAAAGGAAGAUGCUUUAAGUUAGCUCAUUCAAAGCACGACAACCGGAAAUCUCAAGCACCUUCUGCAGGAGAAGCAGAAAGGGUGUUUAAGGCUUGUCCUGGUUAAGUAUGAUGGUAACUACGCAUACGGGGAGGCAUUAACUUGUUCAUUUGCUCGGAAAAUUAUGGACAUGGUGAAAAAAAAUAACAAACCAAACAAUAUUCAAAAGAAAAAAAUGCAGUCUGUCAAUUAUGUAUUUCUGGGGUAGCAGUUUUGUUACCUUGUAUAAGAACUCUAGAGUACUAGCCCAAGAGAAAUUUUUGUUUAACUAGAAAUGCUCGUUUGAUUAACAAUGCUGAUAAAAUAAUGUUCAUUUGCAAGAAUGUUCAUGUGCAAGAGGUGUGAGGAAGCAUGUGUGGACACAUCUCACAUUGGCAUUGUUUUUUUGUGAUGCUUGGUUGUCAAAGGCAUUGACAUUAAGGCUGAAUAUUAGUCUUCAGGCAGGUUUCUGUCAGCGCAUGCUGAUUUCCAGAACCAGGGGAAGUUGAUUUGAUGAAAACGUUUACGUGCAGGCAGACAUAUUUGUUGUCGCCGUUAUUUUUGCGAUGCAUGCUUGUUGUAAGUGUAGAUCUAUGAUUUCAUUAUUGCUUUAAUCCUAGUGAAUUUUUUUAACCAGACAUUCAGUUGCCAUCAUGUCAUCAAACAGGCCAAGCUAUGGGCAGUCGUAACAUUCAAUGCACACUUGUCCAGAGACUUUCUGUCGUGUUCAACUAAUACACUUUCUGUUGCAGCAAGACAUUAAAUGCGCUUGCUCAUCUUUCUUAGCUGGCUGCACCCUCAGAGAAUAUGAUGAGGCCAAUCACAAACACGAAGUGCUAGUAAAGAAUGAUGAAAAAUUUGUUGUAGUUUGAGUGGCUAGCUCCUCCGCAGUGUGGGUGGUACGAAAGCAAUGCAACCAAGCAAACAGGCAAACAGCUGUGUUAAGUACAUGCACUACCCAAUGAAGAACCGCAAGUGACAUUACGGAUGACAUGCACUUCGUGCCACUGCUAUAUAUCCUGCGCCUGAGCGACGGAUUACGCAGAAAUUUGGUGUUACGCUGGAAUGAAGCAGUGUCACCAAAAGCGAUCAUUCCGGUAGACCUGGCCCCUGGCUUGCACCGGUGCCACUAGGCCACACCAGUUUUGCGCAGAGUGUGCCAUCAGUGUGGCAUGUGAAUACAGCACUAUCUGCACUGCUCUUGCACCUUCUGCACCACUCAUUGUGAAAGGCAGUGAUUACUUGUUUCCAGUCUCGGGCCGCUCUGUACUGAAUGCUGUAUUGGUUUUCGAGGCAAAGGUUAAUGGCCCUCCUGGUGGAAGUGCUGUUUUGUUCAUGCUCAGCUGUCACUGUUUCACAGUUUAAUACCACGUUCGGGUGCAGUGUCUGCUCAUUUAAUACAGACAGAAUUAGAUUUAGACGUCUGUGGCAAUGCUCAUCUUAAGGACGCAAAUUUUCUGAGAGAAAUGGUGGUACUGUCUUUUUUUUUUUUAGGAACAUGAACAUUGACAGAAUGUGGAGAGGUCUUAAGGCAGAAGGUGGAGAGGUUUGGCUUUCUAGUGACAGAUAGCGCCAGCAUUUCCUUCACUAUGAAAAUAGUGCGUUGGUGGGUCACAACUGCAGACGAGUCAUACAGCAUCUAAACAUGGCAUUAAACAAAUUGCAGCACCAAAUAAGUGCCACUUGUUUGUGAAAUUUGAAUGUGAACAACAGUUUAGCUGAGAGAGCCGCCAUGCCUGUCUCCUUCGGUAUGACUUCAAUAUGACUUUGUAAUGGAAGUGUAUAGCAUUGUUAAAUGUAAGGUUAAAAAUUUCUUACCCCACGAAACCGGUUUUGUCAAUGCAUGCUGGUUGACGAAACCCGAGGGUGCUGCAAGCCAGUGCUUCAGUGUAGAGCCAGACUAUUCGACUAUGCUUAAAAAUGGACGCACCUGAGAAAAUGGCUCUCUCAGAGCCGGCAUGCGAGGACAAAUCUUGCCCAGGGGCCAUGACCUUUGUUUUAAACAGUGUUGGCUCUGCAUGGAAUUUCAAGCACCGAAACAGGAUGUUUGGCUGCUGCUUUGCUUGGUGGUCUCUGCAGCAAAGCACUGGUGUGGUAACAUGCUAACGCUAUUUAAGUUGCAAAGCCGCAGCACAGGCGUGUUGUGCAAAAAAAGAAAAUUGGAUGCUACUGCACACAAAUGCUGCUUUCUGUAAACGCAACCCUGGCGCCCUUUUCGGUCCUCGUUAACUGCUGGUCCGGUACUUGCGGGCUGUUGGGCUCUGUUGCCUUAUCAUUGCCCGCUUGCUUCAUGCUCAAGCACGCAUAGUUUUUCUUGUCUGAUGGCAACCCUCUAAUGUUACUAGGUUUGUUCUGUAGAAAGUUUCUAAAAAAUGCCUUCGUUGCAUUUCUUGCGUCGCACUGUCGCAUCUGUUUCAAGAGGAGUACUGGCAUGACAUUUUUAACUGACUCUUUUUGCAUUAAAUGAAGGUUCGAUUAUUCUAAACCCUCCAAAGGAUAGCGGCAAGUGUCGGAGCACUCUAAAUAGCUUACUUUAAUGCUCGUUUCUACAAAACUGCUUCGGUACACAGGAGGUGUAUGCGUUGCAGUACGCUGGCUCACUUUGUUCCUGCAACCGCUGCAGUUGCGAUACUUCGGGACAGCCAAAAAGAGACGUGCGCAGUACUCUCAUUUGCUUUCUUAAGGGUGACAUCAUCAUUCACUAACCUUAUUGUCAUACACCAUCAGCAAAUUUAUCUCUGGGUCAGGGCGUCGCAAAUGUUGGUGAUGCCAGUCCAGCAUUUCCAGACCGACUUUAGUAUCGAAUACGUUUCCCAACCUUCCUGCUUGCUAAAAGAGUCAGUUUUAUGUGUGAGAGCUGUAGUCUCCAACUUAUAUAUAUAUAUA